AGCGCAAGCAUGAUCGAUUCGCGUAGCUAUGCCCAAAGCCACCGACAGACUCGAUGUCCGCGAGACUGAGGCAAAUGGGCAUGACCCCGAGGAAGCUCGCUCUCUCCUUUCUCACCCCGUCGAUGACGAUGAUCUAGUUGACCACCCCGAGCCUUCACAGUCCACGCGGCCCCCCGCUCCGAAACGACAAUCCUCUCUUGCUCUCCCUACUCUCAACAAUGGACAGCCUCGCGCACCUCGAACCCCGAACCGCGUUCGUUUCGACUUAGGUGAUGGCACAGAAGAGGAACCCGGGCGGGAUUCCACUUCAGUCGCGCCCGACCGAUCAUGGCUAAACGAGGCAGAUUACUUGGAUAGUGAAGUUCACCGCUCGAGGAGCAGCACAGGACAAGUCGCUCCGCUCCUUACGGAUAUAGAAGCUCCUAUCGUUACUCUUGCGACCUCGAACAGCGACUUUUUCCCCGAAGAAUACCUGGAGAGUGCAAGACCAAAAAGUGGCCUCAGAAACGCGUUCAUGAACAUGGCCAACAGCAUCAUAGGUGCUGGAAUUAUUGGGCAGCCGUAUGCCUUCCGUCAAGCUGGAAUGGUGAUGGGCGUUAUUCUCCUGGUCGGCCUUACCUGCGCCGUCGACUGGACUAUUCGUUUGAUAGUUGUCAACUCAAAGCUCAGCGGAGCUGACUCUUUUCAAGCUACUGUGGAGUUCUGCUUUGGGAGGACUGGGUUGAUAGCAAUAUCCAUAGCACAAUGGGCAUUCGCGUUUGGAGGGAUGAUUGCGUUCUGUAUCAUCGUUGGCGACACAAUUCCUCAUGUCUUAGCGGCUCUUUUUCCUUCACUGAAGGAUCUUCCAUUUCUAUGGCUCCUAACAGACCGGCGUGCUGUCAUCGUGCUUUUUGUUCUGGGAAUAUCGUAUCCUUUAUCGUUAUAUCGGGAUAUCGCAAAGCUCGCAAAAGCAUCGACGUUUGCCUUAAUAAGCAUGCUUGUUAUUGUUAUUGCAGUGAUUACCCAGGGCGUGGGAGUACAGUCCGAUCUCAGGGGUGACAUCAAAGGAUCGAUCUUCGUCAAUUCGGGCUUUUUUCAAGCUGUUGGAGUCAUAUCUUUCGCUUUUGUCUGCCAUCACAACAGCCUGUUGAUAUACGGCUCCCUGAAGAAGCCUACUCUCGAUCGUUUUGCUCUCGUUACUCACUACUCGACUGGAAUCUCAAUGGUAAUGUGUUUGAUAAUGGCCUUUGCAGGUUAUCUUACGUUCGGAUCCAAAACCAAAGGCAAUGUAUUAAAUAAUUUCCCUGCCGACAACGUUUUGGUAAAUAUUGCAAGACUCUGCUUCGGCCUUAAUAUGCUGGCCACACUUCCGCUCGAAGCAUUUGUCUGCCGAUCUGUUAUGACCACUUUCUAUUUCCCCGACGAACCCUACAACGCGGGUCGCCAUCUUAUUUUCACCACUUCACUGGUUGUUACAUCCGUUGUAAUGGCGUUAAUGACUUGCGAUCUCGGCUCCGUCCUGGAGCUCAUUGGAGCAACGAGCGCUUGCGUAUUGGCCUAUAUUCUCCCUCCGCUUUGUUACAUUAAACUCAGUUCACAAGGCUGGAAAUCGAAGAUUCCAGCGGUACUCUGCAUUAUAUUCGGCGUUUGUGUUUUAUGUAUGAGCGUUUUGCAGGCAUUGGUCAAAAUCAUAAGGCACGAAGGCGGCCCGAUGACCUGUUGAAGACGAGAAACCGAUAUAUUCCUUUACAUUUUAUUUCUUCUACCUGUUUUACUAGAGAUAUAGAUGUAAUUAUCCGUUGAAUGUUAUAUCCUAUGGCGGAUACCUUACAGGGAGGGCUAUCCACAAAGUCUGAGGUGUUUUUGGCUUUUGAUUUGGAUUUCUCCUUCGUCCUGAUACCCUAUAUCCCGCCGCAGCCUGAGUUGUUGAAAUAUGGCAUACCAUAUUGUUCUUUUUCCUAUUCUUUUCCUAUUGCUCCUUCUACGGAGCGUAUCAACCUUGCCUUGUGAUGGCUCUGCCAUUGCAAAUAAAGCCAAAUAUAUUCCUGAGGGCGGGCUAGCGCAAUCGUGGUGCGUUUUGCCACCACCAUCAUCGAUCGGGAUCUACCUGUGUCUUUUAAGGGUUCACUGGUUACGUUCCUCAGAUCCAGACAGUCAUAUAUCCUUGCACAUAUAUUAGAAUCAAAAUCCGUAAUGAAAUGAUCAAUUCGGAUGAGUUCCAAUACCUUGAGGAGUACAAUGCUUCUUUACCGCUUCCUUGCGGCGAGCCACAUCUCAAAUAGCAGCAACUCAAAGGGAGCUUGAGUUUGGAAAUGGCUUUUUUUUGGUGCUUCACGCCUUUUUAGGACCUCCAUGUCCAAAAACUGUGAAUAUUGUCAGAGAGGGUAGCGUGACCAAUUCAGACGGAAAGGCAUGACUUUUCGAUUCACAUAUUUAAUUACAUGAUGAUUGGUUGCUUUAGAGAUGGCGGAGUCCGUUUACAUUCACUACCCUACCUGUCGAGCACUAUAUCAAUUCUUUUCUCUUCCUGUCUGUGCUCUUCCUUUCCUUCUUCCUCACCAUCACUCUUGACACUCUUUUUCUUCAAAGAUUCUCUCUGAAGCAACCUCUGCUACUUUCUGUCAGCUUCCUCACUUUCUGAGCUGCCCUGCUGGGCCAGCAUUCUUCUUACCUCCUACCAUAUCUUGGUAGGUACAAUUCCACAAAAAUCAUAAUCUCUAGAGGCAUAUGGGCAAUAUAUAAAUCUCUCCAACAUCCCUCUGCACUGGCUACCGAUCAGACAGGCCACAGUGGUGUUGCUGUGUUUGUCUGUUGCCUAGGGAGCUCCCUCUCUAGAGAUAAACAUCCCCUCCCUAUCUUCCUCUCUGCAGAUUGCCAAUAUCAUUGACGGCCAUCAGCCUCUCUACAUCCGUCAAAUUAGGAAUUUAUCCUUCAUUUUCUCUGUCCAUUCCUUAUUCUUCAUACCUGUUACCAUUGUCACAUUCUUUUUUCUCCCUGGCUUCUGGGGUUUCCGUCCACACCUUUCACUCUCGCAUUCGUCUCAUUACAGAGGCUUCCGUCUGUGCUUUUCACUGUGCACCCUUCAGCUCAUUAACAAAGGUUUCCGUCUGUUUUUCUCACACUGCUCCACU